CAACAAAUGACUGGCUGUCUGGUGGAUGGCUGGUUUUUAUUCCUCUACUCGAUUUUGUGGAGAGGAGAGAACGCCUGUCCUCUCCCUCUCUCUCUCUCUCUCUCUCUCUCUGCCACUCUCUCUUCUUUGCUUUUGUUACCGUAUAUGCUUGUAUCGACGCCGACGCCGGAAUCCGAGGUUUUUCGAUGAGAAGUAGCUUAAUAAUGGUGGUUUUGGAGGGAAUGCUCGUUAGGCUUUGGUGAUGGUUGUUGUCCGAUGGCUUAUGAUACCGGAAUUCAGAUGUCCAGGGCGGCCGUGACUGAAGAAUCUUCUCUCUCCCCUUCUUUGGAUGAAGAUACAUUGUGGCAGAUGAACUUGAGACCAAGUGAAACUAUGGAAUCUGGACCGUACCCUGAGCGCCCUGGAGAGCUAGACUGUGCUUAUUACGUUAGGACUGGUCUAUGCAGAUUUGGAAUGACAUGCCGUUUUAAUCAUCCUCCUAAUAGGAAGUUGGCUGUUGUUGCUGCAAGGAUGAUAGGAAGCUACCCUGAGAGAAUAGGGCAACCAGAAUGUCAAUACUACUUGAAGACGGGAACAUGCAAGUUUGGAGCCACAUGCAAAUUUCAUCAUCCCAAAGACAAGGCUGGGAUUGCUGGAAGAGUUCCAUUGAAUAUUUUAGGCUAUCCACUUCGUCCGAAUGAGAGGGAAUGCGCAUAUUAUUUAAGAACCGGACAAUGUAAGUUUGGGAACACUUGCAAAUUCCAUCAUCCACAGCCAUCUAAUACGGUGGUUUCAUUGCCUGGCUCUCCUGUUUAUCCUUCUGUACAUUCCCCAACAACGCCUGGUCAGCAGUCUUAUCCAGGAGGUAUGACAAACUGGCCCUUGUCAAGGGCCUCUUUUAUUCCAAGUCCACGUUGGCAAGGUCUUUCGAGUUAUGCUCAAUUAAUUCUACCUCAGGGUGUUGUAUCAGUUCCUAACUGGAAUGCAUAUACUGGCCAGCUGGGGUCUGUUUCAUCUUCAGAGAGCCAGCAGCAAACAGUGGUCAGUAGUCAGUUUUAUGGGACUUCACGGCAAAGUGACACAACAAGUGUUGGAGUCCAAGGAACAUUUCCAUCCUAUCGUUCUGGCUCUGUACCUGUGGGUCUGUAUGCCUUGCAGAGGGAAAGUGUAUUUCCUGAGAGACCUGACCAACCUGAAUGCCAGUUUUACAUGAAGACCGGUGACUGUAAGUUUGGUGCGGUAUGCAGGUUCCAUCAUCCUAGAGAAAGACUUAUUCCUGUUCCAAACUGUGUGUUGAGUCCUUUAGGCCUACCACUGCGCCCGGGGGAGCCUUUGUGUAUCUUCUAUUCACGCUAUGGUAUCUGCAAGUUCGGUCCAAAUUGCAAGUUUGACCAUCCUAUGGGACCAUUCACGUAUAGUCUUUCUGCCUUUUCUUCAACUGAUGUCCCAGUAAUUAGGCGUUCAUUAGGAUCCUCAUCAGGGACUACUGCAUUGCCUUUGUCAUCAGAAGGGCCUCUUGAAGCAGGCUCAGGAAAAUCCUGAAGACUUUCACUUUCCAAGACACAGCAGAUGUCUUCUCAUGAUGAAAAUAUUGAUGCGGAAGGAUCAUACUCCACCUCAAGUAUUCAUCCUGUUGUUUCCUUCUCUUGAUCAUUAGGGGAGAACAAAUCCUGUAAAUUGAAUCCUCAUUGCUGAAGAUGUACAGAAUUUCAUUUUGAGUCAAAUCUGUUCAUCUGGAGAUGCAAUUUUACUUGCAACAAACUCAACACCUCUGAAUUUCUGAUUUCUGCAAUGUGUAAAUUUGCACAUAAUUUCACAGUUUGGAGAAAAAAUGGAAAAGAAUAACAUUGUAAACAGCUCAUCA